UACCAAAGAAUUUAAAAAAAAAAUUCAAUCAACCAAUUGUAGCUGUAGGUUUAAAGACAAGUUUUGAGUAACACUUGGUUUGGAUGUGUUGACAGUAUUCAUAUUGAACAUUUACAUACAGUUUAUUGAAAAAGAAAAAAAAUAGCAUGUCUCGUCGCGGCCAGCUCCCAAUUCUGAGGGCUCCUUAUGAUACACAAGAUGAGCCAUUUCAGCGUCCAAGUCCCCGAACUAAUGAACCUGAGACCCGGAUACUCCCGUACUCUGGGAAUAACACAGAGAGGCAGAGUCGCGGACCCUCCAGGCUUGACCUGCUGGAAGAAAGGUUAGCACAGCAGGAAAAAAACUCACAAAAUCUGGUGGACAGGGCCUUCAAAAUCAAAGAAGAUGUCAUUGACAGUUUGAAUUUCACCCAUGGAACUUGGCAAGAGGAGAAGCAUGCCAGAAAUAUGUUACAGGAACACAUACGUACAAUAACCGCAGUCGUCAAUCGACUCAACAAUGAUAUAUCUCAACUUGAGGAAAGUGUUCGUGCCCGAGACAAUGCCAGCAUGGGAACUAACAACGCGGUGAAGAAUUUGGAGGUCCACCAUGUGGCGUCCCUGACUGAUCUCAGGGGACGAGUGGUACGCUGCGAUACAUCCAUAGCUCGUCUGUCUACAGAACUACAGGGUGCCACAGCCGCCAUUAAACAAAUGUCACAGCAACAAAACGACAUGCAGGGAAAAAUCUUGGAGCGGAUCCAUGAAGUAGAGGCACGGAUGGUCUCAAUUCAGAACAAUCAAGACAGAAUAGCCAGUGAGAAUAAGAUGAAGCUCCAACAUUUAGAGGGUGACACAGGCCAACAGAUGGCAACACUGGACAGUCGUACCAGGAGUAUCAUAGACGACCUGAAGAACACGCUGACUAUGUACCAGUCCAGCUCAGACACCGAACGAGAAAAACUCGAGUCCAGAAUGAUGUCAAAUAUAGAACGAAUCUCUGCAGCCAAAGAUAGUCUUAUUGAAAGAGUUGAGAGAAAGAUAGAUGAAAGCACUUUUGUGACUGACAACAGAAUACAGAAAAUGGAAGAAGCUAUAAUGGAGGAAAGAGCCAAAAUAGCAGAUAUUGAACAUGGUUUAGGCCUGGGUGGCAGUAAGCAUUUGGAAAACAAGAUUUCUGCUCGAUUAGAACAAAUGGCUACUCAACAAAAGGAGGAAUUUUCUCGCCUGAAACGUGAAGUUCGGGAGGGCUUCUCUACAGUUCACGAGAGCAUCAGCAACAUGAAAACUGUGAUGGAGGGGAAAAGAAAAAUUCUAGAGGAUCAGCUGAGAAAGGAGAUGAGCCAAAUCCGCAAAAUGGUCGUCCUUGUGUGAUGUGGAAAUAUCGCUAGGUAAAACAAGGCACACUGUGUUCAACUCGGAGCAAGACUAUGUUUGUAGGCAUUCAAUACCACUGCAUGAAGCUUCACAAGUAGUUAACAAGAAGCAAAAAAUAAUAGCAUAACGUAUAAUAAAUCUGCCUGUUUAAAGUAUCAACUGAUAUAUAUAUAUUAUUGAGUAGAUUUAACACAUCACAGAUUUAAAAACAAACAUGAUCAAGAUUCUGCCAUAAACUAUGCAUCUUUACGGGAAACAUUCUGCCUUUUACAGUUCAAUGCAAAAUUGUAAUUUUCAGUAUUCAAGACUUUCCUGAAUUACAAUUUUAACUUGUACUGCAAUCACUCCAGCCUAAUACAUAGGUCUCUUACAGGCUGACCACCAUGCUUUUGCAGCUAAUGGUUUAUAUAGUUUUUUUCCCACAACUAUCUU